AUGCCAGACCCAAUGCAAGAUGCUGCAUGGAGACUAGAAGAUGACGACAAUGUCAACUACCUUUGUGCAAUAGACGACAUCAGGAUCCAGACUGCCGACACUGUCAUUCAGGAACUGGGUGGAGACUUCCAGGAUAGCAGAGGCACCAAGGGUGGUCAGCUGUCCCGUCUAGCCAGGAAGUUCGCCGGACAUCCGAAGGAAGAGAGAAAGGCUGCGCUAAAGUACCGCUCCAUCAGUGUGGACAAUGGGGAGGAUUUCUACUAUCCGCUAGCGAUGUCUGGUCGGUCCAGGAGCAUCGAGAGCCUGCACUCUCCCUCCAGCGAGGAGAUGAAGAGAAGAAACAUCCCCCCAGCGACUCCGCCCUCCGUACCCCCGCCUACCUCCUCACGGGUCAACAAGAAGCUCUCCAACAAGCACAGAGGCUUCUCCAUCGACUCUGCCAUGGGCCCAAACCUGGACAAGGGGAAGAGAUCGCGGAAAACCAGCUAUGGACCAAUGCCAUCUCCAGUUCUAUUUGACUCGGUGGAGCUGCAGGAUUUGGAUGCUGUCAGGAGUUUACUCAACUCUCCUCACUGUCCUGACAUUAACAGUAUCAACGAGGAAGGUUUCACCCCGCUGGACGUAGCAGUGAUGACCAACAACGUGCCGAUGUCCAAGAUGCUGAUCACAGCCGGGGCAGUGGACAACCCCAGAUUCUCGUGUCCUGAGGCCCGGGGGCUGCACCUGGCGACGUUAGUGAGCGAAGCUGAGAGAAAGGUGGACAACAUCAUGCAGCAGGUGGUCAACAUGGGUCCCCCCACCAGCGCGCAGCAGCAGAAGUUCUCCCUGGUGUCCCUGUUUAUCACCUUGAUGCAGAUCUAUUUGUGGAUGAAGGAUAUCGGAAUUGGGGAGGAUUUCUACUAUCCGCUAGCGAUGUCUGGUCGGUCCAGGAGCAUCGAGAGCCUGCACUCUCCCUCCAGCGAGGAGAUGAAGAGAAGAAACAUCCCCCCAGCGACUCCGCCCUCCGUACCCCCGCCUACCUCCUCACGGGUCAACAAGAAGCUCUCCAACAAGCACAGAGGCUUCUCCAUCGACUCUGCCAUGGGCCCAAACCUGGACAAGGGGAAGAGAUCGCGGAAAACCAGCUAUGGACCAAUGCCAUCUCCAGUUCUGUUUGACUCAGUGGAGCUGCAGGAUUUGGAUGCUGUCAGGAGUUUACUCAACUCUCCUCACUGUCCUGACAUUAACAGUAUCAACGAGGAAGGUUUCACUCCGCUGGACGUAGCAGUGAUGACCAACAACGUGCCCAUGUCCAAGAUGCUGAUCACAGCCGGGGCAGUGGACAACCCCAGAUUCUCGUGUCCGGAGGCCCGGGGACUCCACCUGGCGACAUUAGUGAGCGAGGCUGAGAGAAAGGUGGACAACAUCAUGCAGCAGGUGGUCAACAUGGGUCCCCCCACCAGCGCGCAGCAGCAGAAGGAACAAGAACAACAGUUGAAGAGUUGGGAGUGGCGCUUCCGGCUGCUGAAGAGAAUGAAGGCUGGGUUUGAGCAUGCAAGACCUCCUGGUGCUCCCACUGCGGUGCGGUUAGGCGUGUCCAGCAGCAUGUCUCUGGUCGUCAGUUUCCAGGAGCCCGACACUAUCAACGGCGCCAUGGCAACCAGAUAUAAAGUUGAAUGGAGCUGCUAUGAGAACUUUGUUCCUCUGGCUGGAGAGUUUGUUCUGAGUGACCUGAAGACUCUCAGCUACAACAUCAUGGGCCUGUCAAAGGGAAACACCUACUACGUGCGAGUGUCGGCCUGCAACGUGAAGGGAUGGGGACCGACCAAGGCCACCAUACCACCGGCAGGAGUACCGUCAAACUGGAGAGAACUGGAGGUAGCAGAGUCUCAGGACAGACAUCGGCUCAAGAAGCUCGAGGACUUGAAGACACAGAUCAAGAAUGCCAAGAUGCUUGAAGCAGACACUAUCUCCACCCACAGUUCUCCGAAGGGUUCCCCACCUCACAUGCGGCGCUCCAUGAAGAAGGGUCUGAAGAACUUCUUCCAGUCAGUCAAGUUCCACCGCAAUCUCAAAAGCAGAGGGGUGUACCUGGCCACCAUCUUGUACCACGGAGACCACAUCCUGGUCACGGGCGAGGACAACAUUCCAGUCGUCGAGGUGGACGACACGUUUCCCAGCAUGCUCAACCUGGAUCUCCACUGGUUCAUGAAGGUGUCCUGCACCUGGUCGGAUCUGAGACAGCUGCGCCAGGAUCUGGACAGGUGUGCCUCUGCCUCGUCUGCAUCCUUCAGAAGCCGGCUCCUGCAGGCUGCCAUACAACUCCAGAAUUCCCUGGGAGUGCAGGACCUGGGUUAUGUGUACCACACAGUGAUUAAGGACAGCCAUGGAUCCAUCGUCAUUCCAACUGUCAGACAAGUCAAGGACCCAAAGUACGUCCAGUCUUCUUCUCUGAAGUGGGUGCCGAUCAGUCGGCUCCAGAGACGGAGAAUGUCUGCAGCAGAGGACCCCAGCGCUCUGGAGAGACUUCUCAACAGAAUCCCUGAGAUCAUGCACUACAAUCACAACAGCACCAAGCCGCCGCCCAAGGGCCUGUACAUCGGCUACCUGAAGCUGUGCAGCUCCAUGGAUUCCAUCGGUGUGCUGGUGCCCAAGGGUAACCCCAACAUGCUGCCCCACUGUCGCAUCAGGGACAACCCCAACGUGUCCAGCGAGGAGUGGGACUGGGUCCGCAGGCUGGGCAGUGGGGAGGUGACAGAGGAGGACCCCAAACCCAGCCAGGCACAGUCCAUAUUCAGAGACCAGCUCAUCAGGGCCUCCAAAAGGCUGCUCAACUCCUUGGAUAUCUCAGAGGAGGACGCACUUCAACACAGGUUGUUCUGUACAGAAGUGCUUGAGCUGGACCACAACGUCUCGAUGCUGCUGCUUGUCCCACCUGUGGAGGAGGUGUGCUGCGCACCUGGCCAGACGCAUCACCUGUUCCAGCAAGACUCCUUCCUCACACUGCCUCUUCAGGUGUUCGAACUAGUUCAUAUGACAACAUUCCAGCGUAACUUCUUUGACCAGUACGCCACCCUGUCGUCCCAACUGGAGGUGGAGAACUUCCUGGUGCAGCACCAGUGCAGGGAGGCCUUCUCCGACUCAGAACUGUCCGGAGCUAAACACAGGCAGCUCAGAAUAGCCAACUUCCAGCAGGACCUGGAAGACAUUUGGCGAGGCGCGCGGUGGAUCAUGGAUGUGCUGCAGUACGCGCGGGACAGAACAGCAGAUGGAGGACUCCUGGUGGAGAGAAUAUACCAGUCAGCAACACCGUCUGUGCCAAAAGUGCCCACACAGCUGUCCCUGCCCAAAACCAGGCGGUCCUCAGAUUCAGACGACAACUUUGCCAGGAGAAGCCCUGAGGUGUGCUCUUCUACGAGUGACGAGGAGGGCGUGUCGAAGGGCACCUCGCCCAUCCCCACCCACGUGCCGUUCUCCCCACCCCUGGAGCCGGCCCUGGUGCUGGUCAGGGACGCCUCCCCCUCCCGCCCCCGCGUCCGAUCACGCAGCAUCUCACCCGUGAACAGACAAAAGGACGUCUCCUCGCCGCAGGGGACAACAGAGGGCGGCUACGGACCAACGAAGACUGAGAUUCUGACAGGGUCAACCAAGGCAGGGAUCCUGAGAGUUUACCCAGACUACCACACUGGGCUGGCCAAGGGAACAAGUGUUAAGCUCCAUGUCACCACCAAGACCACUUCCCGAGAGGUAAUCGACCUCGUGGUGCGGCAGAUCAACAAGGCGGGGCGCAGUCGUGACCCCGGGUCACCCAUGUACCCCGACGACCUCCUCCACAACUUCUUCCUGGUAGCGAUCAUCGCGGGGAGAGAGCGUCAGCUUCCGGACACGUACCAGCCGCUCCAGCUCCAGAACCCGUGGGCCAAGGGCAAGCUGCUGGUGCGCCUGAGGGACCAGGCUACUGCCGCGCUAGCCAUGCUGCACGAAACACAGUCUACAUCGGUUUAA